CUGGACUUACACACUGCAUAAAAUAUGACAGUUUUACUUGGUAGUUAUAGCUUACCUUUGCUUGGAGUUAGUCUCUUCAUUGCUGCUCUGACUUACAUCACCUACAAGCCCCUGAGCAAUUACCUGCACAAAUGGUUUGAGAUGAAGCCCAUUCCGGGGUUGGAAAGGUCAUACCCCUUCAUAGGACAUGCACUGAUGUUCAAAACCGAUCCAGGAGAAUUUUUCCGGCAAAUUGUCGAUUACACUCAAGAGUUCAGAGAUAAACCGUUGUUUAAAAUCUGGGUUGGACCAAUUCCAUUCGUGAUUCUCUAUCAUGCUGAAAAUGUUGAGAAGGUUCUCAGUAACCCCGUUCAUCUGGACAAGUCUUUUGCAUACAAGUUUCUUCAUCCUUGGCUUGGAACUGGGCUGCUCACCAGUACUGGGAAAAAGUGGCGUCAACGGAGGAAGAUCCUGACACCAACGUUCCACUUCUCCAUCCUGACGGAAUUCUUGGAAGUAAUGAACGAGCAAGCAAAGAUUCUGGUGGAAAAGCUGGGGAAGCAGGCGGGGAAGGGUCCAUUCAACUGCUUCAGCCACAUCACUCUCUGUGCACUAGAUAUUAUCUGUGAAACUGCAAUGGGAAAGAAAAUUUAUGCCCAGAGUAAUUCUGAAUCAGAGUAUGUUAAGAGUGUCUAUAAAAUGAGCGACAUUAUCAGCCGUAGGCAGAGGACACCUUGGUUCUGGCCUGAUUGUAUGUACUACUACUUUGGUGAGGGCAAGGAACACGACAAGACUCUCAAGGUUCUUCAUUCCUUUACAAACAAAGUGAUAAAAGAAAGAACAAGGAUCAUGUCCUCUAGUGAAUCAGACAGCGAGUCAGACCAGGGCACCAGGAAACGCCGAGCCUUUCUGGACAUGCUCUUGAAGACCCAAGAUGAAAAUGGAAACAAGUUGAGCCAUCAGGACAUCCAGGAGGAAGUGGACACUUUCAUGUUUGAGGGUCAUGAUACUACAGCUGCUUCUAUGAACUGGACCCUACAUCUGCUGGGCUCCCACCCUGAGAUCCAAAGAAAGGUUCAGCAGGAGCUCCAGGAGGUGUUUGGUACAUCUGAUCGACCCGUAAAUACGGAGGACCUGAAGCAGCUCAAAUACCUGGAUUGUGUAAUCAAAGAAUCUCUGAGACUGUUUCCUUCUGUGCCCUUCUUUGCCCGAAGUCUCUGUGACGACUGUCAUAUCAAUGGUUUCACGGUUCCCAAAGGUGCAAAUGCCAUCGUAGUCACCUAUACUCUUCACCGUGAUCCUCGCUAUUUCCCUGAGCCAGAGGAGUUCAGACCUGAGCGGUUUUUGCCCGAGAAUUCAGAGGGCAGACCUCCUUAUGCGUACGUCCCUUUCUCAGCUGGACUCCGCAACUGUAUAGGUCAGCGUUUUGCACAAAUGGAGGAAAAGGUGGUUUUGGCAUCCACUCUGCGUAAAUUCAGUAUCCAAGCCUGUCAACAACGAGACAACCUUCGGCCAGUAGGAGAGCUCAUCUUGCGACCAGAGAAGGGAAUCCAAAUCAAACUGGAAAAGAGGGCAUCUUAAAUUCCAUCAAACAAGAACAAUCUCCAGUUUACUUUACACAUUUACAUCACUAUGAAACUGAGUGAGUGUUUUCUAAACACACUGGUUUUGUGAAAUUUAAUCUGUUCGUAAUAUAUCACAGAGUAUUUAUAAUUGAAAGCUAUUAUUUUGUUAGUUCAAUGAAAAUGUGUGUCACUAAAAUUGGUGUAAACCAAAAACAGUUAAACCCAUUGCUGAUUAUUUAAAAAUAUUAGAAAGGGGUGGAUUAUUUAAUCCAUCCAUUGCUCAAGGUAUAAUAUGGGAGACAACCAGAAGAAAAAAUAAAAAAACAUUGAUACUUUGUGUCUGCAUCGAACGGAUUUAUUCAUGCCCAAGAUGAUUUAUUCCCUGAGUUAGUUGAGAUCCUGAUUUGACUUAGCAUUCACUGUGUACUGACAAUAAGUCUUAAGAUGUGGUGUGUAAUUAUAGUGUUACUGUUGUAGCAUGCAAAUAGCUAUUUGUAUGUUAAUGUGAACUUUCCUGUUGCUUAUAUUGGCUCUGGCUGAUUUAUACAGGUUAAUUUAACUUUGAGUUUUGAGUCCCUUUUUAUAUGUAAAGUAUUUUGUAUUAUUUGGUGACGAUGAAAUUCUGAAUCCUUUAAGACAAGAACAAAGUUUAAUAGCAAAUUCUCAACAUUAUUUAAAAUGAUCACUUUUAAUUAAAAGCUAAAACUGAUCACGCCUGUAGAAUCAGAGUGCAUAUGUUAUGAAUCGAUAGAUGUCAUUUGAUUCUUGGAAUGCCAGCAACCUAUCAAUGCCUCUCUAAUGAGGCUCCAUUGUAAAGGGAAGAUUGAAAGCUUCAGUUCAUACUCACAGCCACUGCAUGGCACAAUUGAGUAAUCUAUUGUACAAAAUGCUGCAGAGAGUGAG